CCAAGUUGACCGAUAAAAAGGGAAGCCGGGGGAGCGGUGGCGAGGGCAAGUCGCCGGGCCUAGGGUUUCGGUUUCUUCGCCGGAGAUCUGCUUGCCGCGGCACGACGAGGUGGAGCAGCGGUGGAUCUGCCGGUCAAGGGCGCGGAUCUGUGGGUGCCUUGCUGGAGUAGACAUGGAGCACUACAUGAUGAGAUUCAGCGCGGGAGGAGGGCAGCAGCUCUCUAGGGUAGACCCAAUGCCUGACCGAAGGUCAAGGUUUUGCCAGAUGAAUGCACAGCCAGUGGUUCGCAUCGAAGUCAUCUGCCCUCAGCCGCGCAGGGCUUCCCGUCCGCCCUUCCCGAUUGAAGCUCUGAAUAGAGCCAGCCCCAAGCCUAAUAACGGGGCACUGCCAGUGUAUAGAGCAGACUCCGCUUCUGAUAUCCUUGACCUCAUCCUCAGCAAGAGUGACCCUGAUGUUGAUACUGAUUCGAGCAGCCAGGCGGGCUUUUUCUGUGGCUCGCCACCUGUACGCACUAACAACCCUAUUGUCCAUGAUCCGCAGUUCGGUAAAAAAACACCUUCCUUUUCUCCCUUAGGGAGUUCUUUUGGCAAAAAGGCAGCUGGAAUAGUUGAAGUAGGUUCUCCAUCUUGUGGGGCGAGCAGCCCAAAAGUAAGAAUCGAAGGUUUUGCUUGCGGGAGCAAAGAGCCCCACUGUGCAGUUACCUUUGCCUGAGCGUUUGAUCAUCCCCAUUGACCAUAACGUUAUUUUGCUACCUCAACCUGUAAAUUUUCCCGGUCCACCUGAGGAUAUAACUAGUUUCUUUUAUGCUGCUACCUAGUUAUUUGAGUCAAGUGGUUGAUGCCCUUGUGAUUGUGGCUUUUGAAACUGCACAAUCGCAGGGAGCUUUCGGAUGUACAUAAAUGAGGUCUCCAUUGUAUCUACAUGUUGUGUCAACUAAGUGUCCGUUGAUGGGUCAGUCUGUAAAUACUGUCUUGCAUUUGGAUUUAAGUCGGAAUAUGAAAUUUAUCUCUAUUCUGGUGGCGAA